AUGUCCAAAGAAGUGACCUACGUGACACUCACAUUUCAGGAUUCUGUUAGAGAAGGAUAUAAUUGGGAUAGAAAUAAUCUAAUAAAAAGAGGUAUAUCCAGCUCCAUCCCUACAUGGCUUCAGGCUGGCCUGAGUCUGCCAACUCCUUGUCUGAUGCUACUGACUGGGCUGGUGAUCUUGGGGAUUAUGCUUUUGUAGACAGCUAAUGAUAUUAACUCACACUCAGAGAAAUUGAGUCAACUUCAGAAAAUCAUCCACUAACUGCAGAAUAACUUAUCUCAGCAGCUGAACUACAGAAACUUUCCCAUGGAAGAGAAACUUCUCAAAUCACAGAUCUCCAAUCUAUUGAAAAUGUGGGGAGAAAUGGCCAUCAAACACUGCCAAGAGCUAGUCAUUAACACUUCAGAUGAUAAAUGUAAUCCCUGUCCUAAGACGUUGCAAUAGUACCCAAACAGUUGUUACUAUUUUUCAACAAGUGAGGAAAAAACCUGGACCAACAGUAGAAAAAACUGCAUGGACAAGAACUCCACCUUGGUAAAGAUAGAUAACUUGGAAGAAAAGGAUUUUCUGAAGUCAAAACCAUUACUCGAGUUUUCUUUCUUCUGGUUGGGAUUACAAUGGGAUCCAUCUGGCAAAAGUUGGCUAUGAGAGGAUGGCUCUAUCCACUCCCCAUUCUUGUUUAGUCCCAAAGAAUAUGCCCAGAUCAAUGGAUCCAAAGGAUGUGCCUAUUUUCAAAAAGGAAAUAUUUAUAUUUCCUGCUGGAGUGCUGAAAUUUCUUGGAUUUAUGAGAAGACAGCUGCAUUGGUGAAAACCGAAGAUUUGGAUUAA